GGGCGUGGCGAAAGGAACUGAUUUUUUUUUUUUCCCCGGCCGGCCCGGGCUUGAGGGCGGAGGGGAACUUCUCCUGUCAGUUUCAGGCCGCUGCGCGUCGCUCAGGGGGUCUUGCCUGCCUCGGUUGUAACGUGCGCGUGAGGAGCAGCGAUGCCUCCUCCUCCGCCGCCGCCGCCAUGAAGGAAGCCCGCGCGGGUCAGUGAAUUGGCGGGGAUUGGUGAGGAGUAGCUGAGGCAGAACAGUUUGAAGACCUGCUCCAGAAUGCUACUUAUACAGAGAAAACCUUGUUUUGUAUCAUAUAGGAAAGGAGAAGAGAAUACCUAUGUGAGAACACAACAAGCAGCAUGGCGGAUUCAGAAGACCUUUUGCUUAAAAAGGCAAAGGCAGAUCAAACUGGUAAUCGCAUUGUAAAAGUUAACUCAGGCAAACAUUACUUAUGUGGUUAUUGUGCAGCCAUUACAAACAUUGCAAUAACUUUCCCAAUCCAGAAAGUCCUCUUUCGUCAACAGCUGUAUGGGGUACGAACCAGAGAUGCAAUAUGUCAGCUACAGAAAGAUGGAAUCAGAAAUUUGUACCGAGGUAUCCUUCCUCCGCUGAUGCAGAAGAGCACAACGUUGGCAUUGAUGUUUGGCCUAUAUGAAGAUUUGUCUUCUGUGCUCCUCAGACACAUAAGUGCACCUGAAAUCUUUGCCCGGAGCUUAGCAGCUGUGCUUGCUGGGACCACAGAAGCUGUCUUGACCCCUUUUGAGCGUGUGCAGACACUUCUGCAGGACUACAAACAUCAUGACAAAUUUACAAACACCUACCAAGCUUUCAGAGUUCUUCGAGAGCAUGGGGCCAAGGAAUAUUAUCGGGGCUUGGUGCCAAUCCUACUUCGGAAUGGUCCUAGCAAUGCUCUCUUUUUUGGCCUGCGAGGGCCCAUCAAGCAAUGCCUACCAGAAGCAACAACUUACAGUACUCAUCUGAUCAAUGAUUUUAUAUGUGGAGGGGUAUUGGGUGCUAUGUUGGGGUUUCUGUUUUUCCCUGUGAAUGUUGUCAAAGCCCGCAUGCAAUCACAGAUUGGUGGGGAAUUCCAGUCUUUUUCCACAGUCUUUAUGAAGAUUUGGCUGGAGCGUGACAGGAAACUGACGCAUCUCUUCCGAGGGGCCCAUCUAAAUUAUCACCGGUCCCUGAUUUCUUGGGGAAUAAUUAAUGCAACUUAUGAAUUCUUGCUUAAAUUACUAUAAUUGGUUAUUAAUUUUCUCUCUUCGGUUGAGCAUCGGACAAUCCUGAACUGUCAGUUUCCAGAAUAUAAUGGGAAAACACUCGCACGUAUCUCUUGACUCCAUAACAUUUGAGAAACUAAAUUGCCAACAAAUGGUGGUUUCGGUUGGUAUGGAUAUCAGCUAUUUAAACCGUGCCUAACUAGUUCAAAAUAUAAUUGUAUUCAAUCUUGUUCUUGGCCUGCCAAUCUAUGGAUAUGGCAGCUGUAUGACUAAAACAAUUAACUGAGAAGUUUCUUGAAAUAUAAAGCCAGCGGGUUGAUUCACUCAAAGCAUAAUAAAAUUUCAUGCUGGCCUAUGAAAAUUUGCUCCAGGUCACCUUCAGCUUUAUUCAACUAACACUCCUGGUGAUCCAAAGAAUGCACUUCAUAGAAAAUAGCAGAGCAAAAAACCCUGAUAUUUAAUUUGUUGCUUGACCAUUUGUAACAAAUGGUAGCAUUUUUUUUGUAAUAAGUGGACCUUGAGUUUCCAUGAAGCUUCAUGUUCCCCCUCUCGUUUUUUUUUUUAUGAUGAUGAUGAUGAUGAUGAAUAUUAUUGUACUUUGAAAAGAGACUGCCAAAUGUAGAAGAGAAAACUCUUGUUCUAAAACAGGCUCCAAGUAGUUUUGGAGCACUACUGAUGCAAAUGACAUCUUGUCAAAAUUAGUAUUAAAUUUUAGAAACUGGUGGAUUUAUCGCUACUAUUAAAUAGUGGGUGUUGACUAUGGAAGAAAGAGAAAAGCACUGAAAAGCUUUAAAAUAUUCUUCAUCUUGCACUGUCACUGAAUUUUUCAAUGUCAAUUAGGUGUUUAAAUUAUUAAUUUUGGUGAAAUACUCAAAUCCAGGGUGGUGGUUUCUUUUACACACACACACACACACACACACACACACACACACACACACACAGACACCGUUUUCAAGUUUAUAAAUUUUGGUACAAAUUUGGUAAACUAACCAAAAGUAAACAGGAUAAAAUUCCAGGUACUAUUUACUGAUAAAGUAUAAAUGAUUGAAUGAGUUAUACUCUACAUCAACCUAAGGUCUAGUGAAGCAGAAUUGUUGCAUACCAAAAUGAAAUGUUUAUUGCCAUUUUCCACAGUAUUUUACUCUGUUGAAAAAGAAAUUACAGAGCUAUUUCACACACCACUCAGGAGUGUUUAUGCUGAGGAUAUAUGAGUUUGCAAAAAGCUAGCUUGCCCUUUGCUUUUCCUUUAAUGUAGAUUUGUCUUCAUACAAGAAACUCUGGCAUAAGAGAUUCAUCCAUCCACUUAAGUGACAAAAUUGCCUAAAUCCCUCCUUUAUAUAUAGCCUGUCCAUUCUCUCUAUGAACUUGUCUGAAGGACCAUGCACAUAUUAAAAAAGGGACAAAAAAAAAGUCUCUGCGCACAUUACAUAUGGCUUCUGUGAAUUUUUAAUCAUGCCAAUAAACAUACACAUGUACAAAAUAGUAAGCAAUGGGUGAGUUAGGAAGAGGAAAUUCAGCCAAAAUAAUCAUUUUGGCUGGAAGAUUUUGUGCAAAUAGAUGGUAAUAUUUCCUAUUUAUGAUUUAUAGGAAAGCUCUCCCAAACUCUGUUGAUUGUUCUCCAAGUGUUAGAAUUAUUUUCUUAAAAUUUAGAUAACAGUAGGUUUAAGAUGGUAGGGCUUUUAGUUUAUUUUGCCUUAUUGUCCCUCCCCCUACAAGAGUGCCCCAAAUCAAAUAUUAAUUGAUGAUCUAGAUUUCUUGAUGCUCAAGAUACUUAGCUUCACAGUUGGAUUGCCAAGCACAAAAUGAAAGAAUGCUUACUAUUUUGAAUGUUGUAAUUAUAGAUAUAUAUACAUAAACAAAAUGUCUGUUGAAUGUUUAACUGGUCAAAUAUAAUUCUGCCAGAGGGAUUUUUUUUUUUUUUUGGUAAUUUCCUUUGGUGGAAUAAACACAAGUAAAUCCAGUUUCCUGAAAUGAA